AUGGUGGGUUUCUGGGUGAACAGUUUCUGGUUUCCAACUCUGGAUUUGACCUCUAAGGUGAAGAUGGGAACUGGAGAAGUAGUUCCAGUUGCUGGAAAAGGAACUCUGGUGAUCAAAACCAAGCUAGGUAAGAAACCCAUUCAUGAAGUAAUGCUUGUACCUGGUCUUGAAGAAAACUUGCUUAGUGUUGGGCAAAUGAUGGAGCAUGGAUACCAUCUUGUGUUUGGAGGAAAUAUGGUGAAUGUCUAUGAUGAUCAGUCACUGGAAAAUCUGAUUGUGAGGGUGCAAAUGACAAACAACAGAUGUUUUCCACUUACAAUGAUGCCUGCAAGGGAUAUGGCUUUGAGAACAAGUGUUUCACACUACUUGCAGACAUGGCACAAGAGGUUGGGACACUUAAAUGAGAGGAGCAUAAAAAUGCUUGAAAAUCAAGGCAUGGUUCAUGGCUUACCUCAUUUGGAGCAGAUUUCAGUGGUUUGUGAUGGUUGUAUGCAAGGAAAGCAGCACAGAGACUCUUUUCCUUUGGAAUCCAGUUGGAGAGCAACAAGUCCCUUGGAAUUGGUUCACACAGAUAUAUGUGGACCAAUGAAAACAGAAUCACUAUAUGAAAACAAGUAUUUUAUGCUUUUUACAGGUGAUUGCACUAGAAUGUCAUGGGUGUAUUUCAUUAGAAACAAGUCAAGUGCACUGGAGUGUUUUAGAAAAUUCAAGGCUAUGACUGAGCUGCAAAGUGUGUUCAAGAUAAAAAGCUUGAGAAGUGACAGGGGUGGAGAGUUUUUAUCUGGAGAAUUUAACAGGUUCUGUGAAGAAUCGGGCAUUCAAAGGCAGUUAACAGUAGCAUACUCCCCUCAGCAAAAUGGAGUAGCUGAGAGGAAGAACAGAACAGUGGUGGAAAUGGCCAAAUCCAUGUUGCAUGAGAAAGGUAUCCUUUAUGAAUUUUGGGCAGAAGCUGUAAAUACUGCAGUUUAUUUGCUUAAUAGAUGUCCCACCAAGGCUCUCAAGAAGGUAACACCAUUUGAAGCCUAUACUUGCAGAAAACUAGGAAUUGCACACUUAAAAAUAUUUGGAUCUCCUUGUCACGUGCUUAUUCCUUCAGCUUUGAGGCAUAAGCUUGAAGAAAACAGUCACAAGUGUAUUUUUGUAGGCUAUGGUCUCUGUGAAAAGGGAUAUAGGCUGUUUGAUCCAAGCACUAGGAAGGUUAUUCUGUCUAGAGAUGUGCAAUUUGAUGAAAAUGGUUUAUGGAAAUGGGAGAAUGCUAGAGAAGGAGAAAUGAUAGUUCUUGUACCUACUGAAAACCAAGAUGUGCUCAAAUGCAAUAUGUGCAUUGUGGAACCUGAGAAUUUUGAAGAGGCUGAUCUAUAUGAGUCAUGGAGAAAGGCAAUGGAAGCUGAGUUGGAAAUGAUAGAGAAGAAUAACACUUGGCCGCUUGUUGAAAGACCUUUUAAUAAACCUGUCAUUGGUGUCAAAUGGGUCUACAAGACCAAACUUAAUCUAGAUGGUACUGUGCAGAAAAAUAAGGCUCGUUUAGUGGCUAAAGGCUACUCACAAAAGCCUGGGAUUGAUUACAAUGAAACCUUUGCCCCUGUGGCAAGGUUAGACACCAUUAGAACCUUGAUUGCUCUUGCUGCACAGAAGGAAUGGAAUCUGUACCAACUGGAUGUCAAAUCUGUUUUUUUGAAUGGAGUCUUAAAGGAAGAGGUAUAUGUGGAGCAGCCACAGGGUUUUGUGAAGGAGAAUGAAGAAAUCAAGGUGUAUAAGCUGAACAAGGCUUUGUAUGGACUAAAACAAGCCCCAAGGGCCUGGUAUGAUGAGAUUGACUCCUACUUCAACAAAGCAGGAUUCAAGAAAAGUCCUAGUGAAGCUACACUUUAUAUCAAAACUGAUGAAGGUUCAGGUAUUCUUAUUGUCUCUCUUUAUGUGGAUGAUAUUGUUUAUACUGGAAGUUGUGCAAAGCUACUUGAAGAAUUCAAAAAUGACAUGAUGAAACAUUAUGAGAUGACUGAUCUUGGACUACUCUACCAUUUUCUUGGCAUGGGAGUAGUACAAACAGAUAAGCAUAUAUUUCUUCAUCAGAAGAAAUAUGCAAUGAAAGUGAUUGAGAAAUUUGGUUUGAAAGGUUGUAAAUCUGUGGUAACUCCAUUGGUUGCAAGUGAAAGGUUGUGCAAGGAAGAUGGAAGUAAGAUGGCAAAUGAAAGUGAAUAUAGGCAGAUUAUAGGCAGCCUGCUAUAUCUAACAGCUACUAGACCAGACAUAAUGUUUGCCUCUAGUUUGCUUGCUAGAUUCAUGCACAAUCCUACCAGGAAACACAUGGGAACAGCCAAAAGGGUCUUGAGAUAUAUUCAGGGCACACUAGAUUAUGGAAUUGAAUUUAAAAAAGGGAAGGCAACUACCUUGAUAGGGUAUUGUGACAAUGACUGGGCAGGAAGUGAAGAUGACAGAAGGAGUACCUCAGGGUAUGCAUUCACUCUCGGAUCUGGUAUGUUCUCAUGGGCUUCAAUUAAACAAAAUACAAUAGCUCUGUCCACUGCAGAAGCAAAAUAUGUGAGUGCUGCUGAAGCAACAUCACAGACUAAAUGGCUAAGGUUUGUGCUUGAAGACUUUGGAGAGGAGCAAGUGGAAGGCACACCAAUCUUGUGUGAUAACACCUCUGCCAUAGCAAUGGCAAAGAACCCUGUCUUUCAUCAGAAAUCCAAAUGGCUGUUUUCUCAGUUUGAAUUUUAUUCUUUUAGUUUAAAUGCUAUUUCUGCUGGUUGUAAUAUGGGCCGUUGGAUCAUAGUCCAAGUGGCUUCUUAA